UGCCUCAAGUACGAACGAAAAGCGGCCGACAUGGGACUCAAGCAACUCUUCAACGCUCCCAUCCUAUCACACUUUCUGACUUCACCAUGCCUUCCGUGUCUUUCUAUGCCAAAUCGUUGACGGAGCUGCUCGCGAACCGUGUUCGCGACAUGCCAGACAAGCCGGCUAUCUACACCGGGGUUCCAACAAACGAGCCGUCUAAGUUGUUGCAGUAUCUUAGCUACUCUCAAGUUGAGAAAGCCGUAGACCGCCUUGCAUGGCAUUACUCCUCUCUGGGUCUCGUCCCAGAACCAGGUCCCGACGGUCUUCCUCCGCCCCGUAUCAUUGCCGUCUACACCAGCACCGCAUACGACGAAUCCUUGCUCGAGAUGGCUCUUGCGAAACUUGGCCUUACAGCGCUUCUCCUCUCUGUCAAUAACUCCGUUCCCGCUAUUGCGCACUUGUGCAAGCUCACGAAGGCGUCACACCUCAUCUACGGAUCCAAGUUCCCGCAGGAGGCUAAGGAGGCCCAAGAUAUCCUGAGGCAGCAAGGCGUUAGCAUCGGCCUCGUCGAGGAUAAGCGCUUCCCACUCUGGGGACCCGAGGGCGUCGAGGCUUCGAAGAGUAAGCCAUUCGCGGCACGUCUGACUCCUGAUCAGGAGAAGGACAGGCCGGCUGUCGUCCUGCAUUCGUCGGGAUCUACUGGCUUCCCCAAACCUGUCUACGUCACUCACUACGGCCUUAUUGCCAACGUCGCCAUGAACCAGAACAAGCCUGGUUUCAGUACACUGCCUGUUUACCACGGAUAUGGACAUUUCGCCAUUUUCCGAUGCAUGUAUUCCGGCCAGACCAUGACCCUUUACCCGCCGCACCUUCCUCUCACCUCAGCCAAUAUUUGCAAGGUCAUUGAAGCCUCGCCUCCGGUCACGCAGUGUUUCGCGGUCCCGUAUGUUAUCAAGCUGCUCGCUGAGACUCCAGAAGGUAUCAAAGCACUUGCCAACUUCGACAUUGUCGGCUUUGCUGGCGCUGCGCUUCCCGAUGACCUAGGUGAACGAUUGAUCAAGUCCGGGGUCAACCUUCUGAGUAUCUACGGAACGACGGAGACAGGCUCGCUCCUCAAUUCGAACCGUGACUACAAGACCGACAAAGCCUGGAAUUGGAUUCGUCCGUUCGGUCUGGGACCACAAUACCUUGACUUUGAGGACCGCGGGAACAACACGUUCGAGGUUGUCGUCAAGGCUGGAUACCCUGCCCUUGUCGAGACGAACCGUCCGGACGGGUCGUUUGCCACGAAAGAUCUGUUCCAGCGUCAUCCGGAACAUGCUAACUGGUACAAGUACAUCGGACGUCUGGAUGACACUCUUGUACAAACACUGGGCGAGAAGACGAACCCGGUGCCCAUGGAGCUCUGCAUUCGCGGAAACAGUCCUUACGUUGCCGAAGCAAUCGUCUUCGGUGCCGGAAGGCCUCAAACUGGCGUCCUCGUCCUCCCCUCCGACCUCGGCAAAGACCUCACUCGAGACGAGCUCAUGUCCAAGAUCUGGCCCGUAAUCGAACAAGCCAAUGCCGAAGCGCCGACCCACUCCCGUCUCCUCCCAGAGAUGGUCGAAUUCCUUCCCCACGGGACGCACAUCCCCAUCGCCACAAAGAUGACGAUCCUCCGACCUGCGUGUUACGCCAAGUUUAAGGACCUGAUCGACGAGAUCUAUGUCAGGUUCGAGAGGGGCUCGGAGGAGGAGAAGGUGACGCUUGGGAGGGAAAAGUUGGAGGAGUUUGUGUUGGAGACGAUUAGGAAGGCGUUGGGACCGGUUAAAGGAAGGGGUCUAACGAGGGACGUGGACUUGUUUGCGUUUGGGGUGGACAGUUUGCAGGGGACAAGGGUGAGGAACACAUUGCAGCAGAGACUUGAGUUGGGUGGGAAGACGCUUGGCCAGAAUGUCGUGUAUGAGCACCCAAGCGUUAAGAAGCUGGCAGAUUAUCUUCUGGCCUUGCAGAGUGGCCAAAGUGCAGAGAAGUCGGACGACCAGCAGCGGGAGGCGAUGUUGGCAAUGCUGGAGAAGUAUAGUGCUCAGUUCGUGGCCAGGAAUACCACGACUGCUAUUCCACAGGACGGCUCGCACGUUGUGGUUCUCACUGGGGCCACUGGCUCACUAGGCGCACACAUUCUCGCCCUACUAUCAGCCCAGUCUUCAGUCAAGAAGAUCUUCUGUCUCUCGCGUGCAUCAUCGCACGCUGAUUCCUUGAAACGAGUGAAGGACUCGCUCAAAUCAAGGAAGUUGACUGUCGACGACAGUAAGCUCGUAUCCUACGCCGCGAACACAAACGUCGAGCUCUUCGGCUUAUCAAAGGAGGAAUACGAUUCCAUCCGUGACGAAGCGACUAUUGUUAUCCACAACGCCUGGCCCGUCAACUUCAACCUCAGCAUCGAAUCAUACGACGAGCACGUCAACGGCGCCCUGAACUUCCUCAACCUCUGUCUCGAAUCCCCACAUUCGUCGCCUCCCACAUUCUACUUUUCGUCUUCUAUCUCGUGUCGCCAGGCUGGUAGCGAAGAGAUCUGUCCGGAGGAAUUUUCCACCGAUCCGAAGACGGCGGCGGGCACGGGGUAUGCGAGGAGUAAAUGGGUCGUUGAGAAGCUGUGUGAGGCGGCGGCAGAGAGGACGGAGACGAGGGUGGGUGUGCUGAGGAUUGGGCAGAUGGUCGGUGAUUCGAUCAACGGCGUAUGGAAUGAGACAGAAGCCUGGCCCCUGAUGUUCAAGGGCGCUAACACAGUUGGUGCUCUUCCACUCACAGACGAGCAUCCCUCCUGGCUUCCCGUCGACUACGCCGGCCGAGCCAUAACGGAAAUCGUCCUCCGCUCCGACGAGACGAUUCCGAAAUCGACGGUCUAUCAUAUCGUCAAUCCCAAUACGAGCGCAAGUUGGGCUGAUAUUUUGGUAGGUUUAAAGGAUGCGGGGGUGAAGUUUGAGACGGUGGAUAGGAUGGAGUGGUUGGAGAGGUUGGCAACGAGCGAGAAGGAUCCAGAGAGGAAUCCGAUUAUCAAGCUCCUGCCCUUCUUCAAGGCUAGGUAUACGAAUGCUGGCACGAACGCUAAAUCGAUGAAGUUCGCCACGGACAAGACAGGCAGUGUGGCGCCGUCGAUUCCUGCGGCACCUGCUCCUAACCGUGAGCUCGUUGGAAAGUGGGUCGAGCAUUGGCGUUCCAUUGGCUUCAUCAACUAGAAGACUUGUUCGAAGUCGCACGAUGUACAAUUCACUGUUGACAAGUAUAUGUCCGUGUAUGAUACAGGGUUUGAAUGCUCAUUAUUUCUACUGCUUUGCCG